CUUGUUGCUGAGCAUCCUUAACACUUUUUGCAGCCGUCGUUGGAGAGGCAACUCUGCCCCUACAGCUUUUCUCCGCCGGUUUCUCGCUUCGCGCUACAAUGGAUGCUGUUCAGCCUCAGAAGGAUAAUGAAUAUACAUUCGUUCUUGAGCUUGCUGAAACUGAUCCCUUCUAUGAAAAAAAGAAGAAAUUACUUGAACAUAUGGAUUUUGGUUCAAAGAUAUCGAUGAGUCUUAAAAGAUCUUCUACACCUGAUCAGCAGAAGGACUUCUUAAACGCCUUUCUUCAAUGUGCAAGAAUAAUAAAGUUAAAUGAGGUAGAAUUGUAUUUUGCUAGUGAUGCAAGUAAUACAAUGGAAUCAUGUAGCCCAGGAAAUGAAUUGGAAGCUCUCAAUUCAAUACUUGAAGCCAUUGAUAAGUCUACAUCAGGAGAAACGAUGAAAGAUACACAACAAAAUUUACGAGAUGCAAUUAUUAACAGAAUCCAUGAAGUUGGGAGCACGUUCGGUGAAGAGAAAAAAAUCUUAGAAGACCCUAACUCUGACAAAGAGAAAUGCCUAUUAGAUUGGGGAAUCCAUAAUGGUGUAAAAACCAAAUUGGAUAUAGCUCAUGUUGAAGGGGCAGGAAGAGGAGCCAUAGCUAAAGAGGACAUGAAAAUCGGAGAUAUUGCCUUGGAGAUCCCUAUUUCUGUUAUCAUAUCUGGGGAUCUUUUGUAUAAAUCUGACAUGUUUCCUAUUCUUGAAAAAAUUGAUGGAAUUUCUGAGGAGACAAUGCUGCUCUUGUGGAGCAUGAAAGAGAAGUACAACAGCAAUUCUGACUUCAAAUUAUAUUUUGAUACAUUGCCAGAAAAAUUUAACACAGGUUUGAGCUUUGGAAUUGAUGCUGUGAUGGCUUUGGAUGGAACUUUGCUGUUAGAUGAAAUUGUGCAAGCCAAAGAGCACCUUCGCAGUCAAUACGACGAGCUUUUCCCAGCAUUGUCCAAGCAUUAUCCAGAUGUCUUUCCCCCACAUUUGUACACAUGGGAACAGUUCUUAUGGGCUUGCGAGCUUUGGUACUCAAAUAGCAUGAAACUUAUCUUCGAUGAUGGAAAAAUCAAGACCUGCUUAGUUCCUAUUGCUGGCUUUCUCAAUCACUCGAUAUGCCCACACAUAACGCAGUAUGGAAAAAUUGAUACAUCUACAAACUCCUUGAAAUUUAUUGUGUCAAGACCCUGCCGUACCGGGGAACAAUGCUUUCUUGGUUAUGGGAAAUUCUCCAGUUCUCAUCUGCUGACGUUCUAUGGCUUUUUACCCAAACGUGAAAAUCCUUAUGAUGUUAUCUCGCUAGAUAUCGAUGAAGAUGCUGAAGACGGUGCACCAGCACCAGAAUGGAGCUCUCACAUGGUUAGAGGGACAUGGCUCUCCCGAAACCACGGAAUCUUUCAUUAUGGAUUGCCAGCUCCAUUACUCGACCAUCUUCGCAGAGCUAGAAAUCCGACAUGGCAAUCAAACAACCCGACACGGGAAAUGUUGGAAACCGACCUAGAUCUACUUAGAGAUUUGAGUUCUACUUUCGAAGCAAUGAUAGAAGCAUUUGGUGAAGAAAACCCCGAAAAUAGUGAAGGUGCGGCAGGUUGGGAUGUAAAACUUGCAAUGGAGUUCAAAAUUUUGCAGAGAAGGAUCGUGUCCUCGAUUUUGGCUUCGUGCGAAUCUGGCUGUAAGUUGUUAGAUUCUGCACUAAAUUAAGUUUAAUAUCCCUUAGAUCAAUCUUCUCUACUUCAAAUAUGAAUUCAUUUAUUUGGCUAGAUUGUUGUCGAAUAUGCUUUAGUUUCUAUGUGCUUUGGGUUGUAAAUUUGCAUGCACCUAUUAAGCUUAUUACAACCUUUUAAUCUCGAGGAUAAAUUAUUUCCUUAAUUCCAAUACUUUUUUGUAUUUGGAUUUGAGUUUUUUAUUUGAAUUUUAAUUUAAAUAAUAUU